GACGUCAACUGGGACCGCAUCGAGAAGGACGAUGGCGCUACUGAGUUGCUCAGACACGUUCGACAGAAGCUCGGUGCUCAGCCCAUCCAGGACGCAGGGAAGUAUCUUGCCAUAUGGAUCUUUGAUUUACGACGGGACACCGGAGAACCGAUGCAGAGCUACAUCAGCAGAGAUGAUGAGGCCUAUCAUGACGUGGUCAGGGGGUUCGACACCGAGUAUUUCAAGAAGCAGCGCACAGCCCGACUCUCGGAGAGAGCCAAGGAGUGGAACAACCUCUACGGAGAGCUCAACUGGUUCCUGUACAAGAUCGAGCAGGAGGGCCCGGAGGACGCUGCAGAGAAGGCCAAGGAGCUGAGCACUUCGCUCUGGAGGUUCGUCAAGACGGGUCUUGAGGAUAUCCCAGAGCAUCCCGACUUCGGGACGGAUUUCAACCAGGCGAUCCUCCUAGACCAGCUGCGCGAUGAUGAGCUGACCAAUCGGGACAAGAAGCAAGGCAAGGACUUCUGUCACCGAGAACGGGGGCGAAUCCAUGCCGGCUGGGAAGCGAACAGCGAGGGGGGCGAUGGCUACAGCUACUACGAAGAGCACGAGUCCGAGGCGACCUACGACGACCAGGGCGACGAGGAGGGUGACGAAGACCCCAAGGGGCCGCUCUACACUCCCCGGGAGAUCGAGGAAGCCGAGACCGCUUUCGCCGCCCAGCAGAGAAGCUUCGAGGAGGCCCGAGAUUUAUUGAGACGAGUGAAGACCGCCAAGGAAUUCUACCCCGUGGGCCCCGGGCUGGAUCCAGAGGCUCAGGGCCAUCCAAGGGACGAGGCCGCGGGCGCGGAUAGCGACGUGACGGACCACCCCGACCAGAAGGAGAUCGCUCCCACUGCCGGCCUCCCAGGAAAGGAUGCCGAGGUGGACGCUGACCCCAUCACGAACGAGAUGUCCAGGCUGCGGUUGGAAGCGCCCCUUGCCAACAAGCCAGUGAUCAAGAAUUGGCCGAAGACCGCCAACCAGAAGAAGCAGCUGGACAAGGCCGAGGACUGGGUUCUCAUGAGUGUCAAUCAGAGCUCCUCCAAGGGUUUCGGCAUUCUCGACGUCGGCGCGACCUCCGGCAUCAUGGGCGUAGAGGCCGCCGAGAACCUACGCGACAUUAUCUACGAGCAGACGGACAAGAACAUCAAUAUGGACGUUAGUCAGAAGAGUACGUUUAUAUUUGGCGACGGCAGUGCCGGGACCUGCGCCGGCAAGGCGACCUCCCCCCUCAUGAUCGCCGGUGUGGACGGCGAGCUAGAGAUCAACAUCCUCGACGCAGACGCCCCGCUUCUGAUCGGAGUGGGCGCGCUGAGCCGCCUUGGGGCUGUGAUUGACAGCGAGGCGCGCGCUGUUUACUUCAAGAAGCUCGGGCGCCGAGCUGAGCUGCUCGUCCUUCCAAGCGGCCUCAGGUACAUCGCCAUUACCUACGAUUACGGGUACAUCAUCAUUCCCUACGACCACGGGGGCAUCAUCAUUACUUGGGACUACGGGGGCAUCAUCAUUACCUGCGACUACGGGGACAUCAUCCUUACAAACGUCAUGGACAUCAUCAGAAUCGCCCCCUACAGCACCCACUAUGACAUUAUGAGGUGCCUCAACCGCGAGGCGAAAUGCCGCAAAGCCGAGAGCCAGCAGGUGAAGCUGGAGAACGACGAGAUGGUCGGAUCAGGGGAAGCGGUGCCGCCACUGGAUUCAGGCGCUCCGACUCGCCCUCCGACGUCAACGAGACCUACGCAGCCGAUGCCGCCCUCGGCUCGUCUGAUCCAGCAUCAGGACACGAGGGGGAACAUAUUCUGCACUGUCGAGGGCUCGGAACUGGACAAGAGCCUGAAGCGCCUGACGGACACCUUCCUACUGUGGCACCUGCCGACCUGGGAGGUGUGGUCCAGCAAGCUCUUGAAGCAGUGGGCGAUGUGCCGCCGCUUGGGGCGGGUCAUCAUCAAGGUCUUCCUCCAGGCAAUCGACGGGGUGCCCUGGGAGCUGGGCAGCAUCGGCCUCCCUGUGCAGCUGCUGCCCGAGAAGCACCCGACCUGGCCGGCAGAACUCGGGCAUCGUGCGAAGAUCGAGCCACGGCGCCCCGGGGCGGGGGCGAAGCAGAGGUCAGCCGCAUCCGCGGCCGCGCGAGAGCAGAACCAGGAGCUGCGGGCCAACGUCGAGACCGCAAAGUCCGAUAUCUCGACCAUGUAUGCGACGGUGGAUGCGUUUGCAGCGCUCAGCUCGGAACAGAUCUACGAGAAGCUCAACAUGGUGACGGUGGUCAAUCACCUGAAACCCCUGUGCAAGACCUGGGGACUGACGCAGUCCGGCAAGAAGGAGGAGGUGAGCGACAGGCUCAUCGCGUGCAUCAACGAGCAGCGCGGAACGGUGGCAGCGACGAUCAGGGUCAGGAAGGAGCCGGAGAUCAAGAAGGUGGAGACGGGGCCUAUCGUUGUGGGCCGGGCGAUCCCAGCGCGCUACACGCAGAUGUGCCAGCGCCCAGACUGUCAGCAGCAGCGGGGCAUCGCGAAGAACGAGCCGAUCGUGAAGGUGAGGCCCUUCGGGUGGUGCCACCAGGCGUGCGGGGGCAGGGCGAGGUCGGCCAUCUUCGGAGUUAUGUGCGCUCUCACGACCUUCGGCAUAUUGACGAUGGUCGAGGCGCGCGCCCACGAGGACUCCAACCUUGGCCAGGUCUGCGACGAGAAGGGCUACCACUACGAGAGACUCGGCCUGUUCAACAACUGCGACCUCAGCAAGCCGCAGGGCUACCACAAGGCGAAGCUCCUGCUGGACGAGAGGCGCCCAGAGCUCCUCGUCAGCACACCUCCCUGCGGGCCGUGGUCGAUUAUGCAGAAUAUCAACCAGCGCGACGACAAGCAGAAGGAUAAUCUGCGCAAGAAGCGACUCAAGAGCCAGCGGAUCUUCGAGAACAACAAGAGGCUCAUCGAGCAUCAGGUGCUUCACCUGAAUGGCUCGGCCCUCGCCGAGCAGCCACGCAACAGUCGUUCAUGGCAGAAGACCCUGCUGGAAGGACACUAUCAUGAGGAGAUCGAGAGCAGUCUGAGGACCGAGGCCUCGGGCUCCUAUCCCAGGAUGCUGUGCCGCCGGAUCCUCCGAGCUCUGACCAAGAGCCAGAAUCAUACUUACUUCGAAGAAGAGGUCGUGCAUUGUUUCUGCAUGGCCGCUACCCAGCAGCCACCUACUGAGCCGACUCCAGAGGGGGACGAGACAUCGAUUCCACCACUAGAUGGCAAGGAGUCGCGCGACCUCACCAGCGACGCAGUCAAGAAGCUCGAGAGCUACAUCAGGCUGGUUCACACCAGCCUGGGACAUUUACCUCGAGCACAUCUUCUACGCUACGUACGAGACCGAGGUGCGAGACCUGAGGUGCUACGGUUGGCCAGAACCUUCAAGUGCGACGCCUGCGAUGCUCACCGGCCACCGACGAAGCGGCCACCAGCUUCCUCAGCAGAGCGGCCUCAGAAUGGCCACGAAGUUUUGUUCGACGCCUUUUCUUGGAUCCGUCGCAGCACGAACGCCAACGUGAUGGCGCUAGCGAUCCUCGGCGCUGGCUCGGACAAGCUCUACGUGCGGCUUAUCGACGAUAAAGCUACGAAAUGGUUCCCUUGGAUGGGGCGGCCGAAGGUCAUGCGCUAUGAUCCCGCCGGGAGCGCCAUCUCCGACGAGUUCCGCGAGUGGAUCGAGUGCCAGGGGGUUUACUGCCUCCCAUGCGCUGCCGACGCCCACUGGCAGAUCGGCAAGAUCGAACGAGCCAUCGAAGCGUUCAAGGAGGCCGUUGACGCCUUCGACGACAUGAUCUCAGCUGAAGUUCCCACGAGUGAGAUGUUCGGACUACAGCUAGCAGCCAGGAACGACCUGAUCAGGGUCGACGGUUUCAGUCCGCUGCAGCGCUCUGCGGGACGGACACCCACUGGCACCGCGGUCAACCUCUUCGACGAGCCGACCAACCUGCCGCUCAUCAGCGCCGAGCUGCAGGACGGCACCUUCAGCAGGGACGCUCAAGUACGACGGAUGGCACGGCUAGCUCACAUCCAGACGGAGAACUCCGACCGAGUCAAGGGUGCGGAGGAGCCUGGCGCAAGAAAGGACAACCCCUAUCCAUGCCAGGACGAGGCCGCUGGUACGGACCUGGACGAGUACUCUGCCAUGAGCCUGCCUGAUCAGGACAUCGACCUGGAGGCGAUGGCGUCGCUGCGCUCGCGCCGCGAGCAGCCUGGGACAUGGGUAUUCGGCGACGUCCAGAAGCAGCUCGACACGAACGAGGUGAUCGACCUGUCGAACGCGUCCCCACCCACUGGUGAGGACCUUGCCACUGACGACGGAGAGUCG